GCUAUAAUAAAGCUCGCGCAUCAUCGCGCAGUGUUGCAUGGCCCAGCUCGCCUCUCAGUGUGUGCGUGAGUGCGUGCGUGCCAUUGUUUUUAUCUGCCUGUGCUGAUGUAUGUGUCAUACAACUUGCCUGUGCAGUGUGCAGACACAUUACGGUCCCAUCACCUGACCAUCAUCAUCAUUGCCCAGCAAACACUGAGCCCCGCAUUGAUUAUCAGACAUAAUAAUACGUUCUUCUGAUCACAGGUUCAUGCUUUCUCUCAUAACAUCCAUUUUCUCCCCAAACAUCAGUUAUGUAAGGGCUUUUGCGAUGGGCUCCAAACGAUGGAGAGCCACGUCUCCGUCCAGCAGUGUGAGUGGAGGAGAUUUUGAAGACAGCCAAAGCACAUCCAUACCUUCAACCAGUCGGAAGAGGAGAAGAACCACAUACAUUCCCACUGUUGACCCUAUUGCUGUGUGUCAUGAAUUGUUCAACACUAUCAGAGACUAUAAGGAUGAUCAGGGCAGGAUGCUGUGUGAACUGUUUAUCAGAGCACCAAAGAGAAGGAACCAGCCGGAUUACUAUGAUGUGGUGUCUCAGCCGAUUGACAUGAUGAAGAUCCAGCAGAAGCUGAAGAUGGAAGAGUAUGAUGAUGUUGAACAUCUCACAGCCGAUUUUCAGCUAUUAUUCAACAAUGCCAAGACGUACUUCAAACCAGAGACUCCAGAGUACAGAGCAGCUUGUAAGCUUUGGGAUUUGUAUGUUCGCACAAAGAAUGAGUUUAUACAGCGAGGGGACUGUGACGAAGAUGAUGACUAUUGUGACUACACACAGGAAAACCCUGGAGGCCUCAUUGAAGAGGAGUCUGUCUCAAGCCUUAAGGAAGUUCUCGGGCAGCUUCUGGAUGCUGUGCUGACUUACACAGAACACGGACGUCUCAUUAGUGAACUGUUCCAGCGGCUUCCCUCUAAAAUGCAAUAUCCAGAUUAUUAUGCUGUUAUUAAAGAUCCAAUAGAUCUGAAGACCAUUUCCCACAGAAGACAGAUGGGCUACUACAAAAGUGUAAACCAUAUGGCAAAAGAUAUUGACCUGUUAGUCAAAAAUGCCAAAACCUACAACGAACCUGGAUCACAAGUGUUUAAAGAUGCACACACCAUCAAAAAGAUCUUUGCACAGAGGAAGAUGGAACUUGAACAUGCUGAACCUGUUAAAACCAGCAUCAGAAUCAGGAAUAGAAGGUUUGCACAAGAAGACCGUCUCUCCACCAUCACUACAGCUCUACAGUAUGGAUCAGAAAGCGAAGAGGAUGCCAUUCUGACUGGCUCUGUUCAUUAUGAUGAGGGUGAAUCAGAGGCUGAGACCAUCAACUCCAGCGUAGACAUGAGCAACCCCAUCUUCCAGAUGUAUGAGACAGUGCGGGGUGGCAGGAACAGCCAGGGGCAGCUCUUAGCCGAGCCCUUCUUUCAGCUGCCCUCCAGGAAGGACUACCCCAACUACUUCCAGCAAAUCAGCCAUCCAAUCUCCCUCCAGCAGAUAAGGGGUAAGAUGAAGACUAAUGAGUAUGAAAGUGUGGAACAGAUAGACGCAGAUCUUAACCUGAUGUUUGAGAAUGCAAAGCGCUACAAUGAUCCCAACUCUCAUAUCUACAAGCGCGUCCUAAAGUUGCAGCACAUAUUGCAGAUAAGGAGGAAAGAACUAAUGAGGAGGGAUGAUGAAGAUGGGGACAGUAUGCUCUCGUCCACUCUUUCUGAUGGAGGCAGCACCAAGCGCAAGAGCCAUAAGAAGAACACAAAGAAGAACCGUUUGAAGGCUCUGUACGCAGCUGUGGCAGAGGCUCGGGAGAUGGGCACAUGCCGGAGGCUCUGCGACCUCUUCAUGGUCAAGCCUUCGAAGAAAGACUACUCAGACUACUACAAAAUUAUAUCAGAACCAAUGGACCUAAGGACCAUAGACCACAACAUCCGCUCCGACAGGUACCCCAGUGAGGACUCCAUGAUGGAGGACAUGAAGCUGAUGUUCCGUAAUGCACGUCACUACAAUGAAGAAGGCUCACAAGUUUAUAAUGACGCCAACAUUCUGGAGAAGAUAUUAAGAGAAAAACGAAGAGAACUCGGUCCCCUACCUGAUGAUGACGACAUAAUUUCACCCAAGCUGAAAAUGAGGAAGAGUGGCAUUUCGUCUAAAAAGUCCAAGUAUUUGACUCCUCUGCAGCAGAAACUCAAUGAGCUCUAUGAAUCGGUGAAGAACUACACUGACAAACGUGGACGGCGUCUCAGCACAAUCUUCCUCCGUCUUCCAUCCCGUUCUGAGCUACCUGACUAUUACGUGGCCAUCAAAAGACCUAUAGACAUGGAGAAAGUUAAAAGCCACAUGCUGGCCAACAAGUACCAGGAUGUUGACGCCUUGGUGGAGGACUUAGUUUUGAUGUUCAACAACGCUUGUACCUACAACGAGCCCGAAUCUUUGAUCUAUAAAGACGCAUUGGUGCUACACAAAGUGCUUUUGGAGACCAGGAGAGACCUAGAGGGAGGCGAAAAUGCACAUGUCCCAGAUGUAGCACGACUCAUCCAGGAACUUAUUCGCAAUCUUUUUGUGUCAGUGCUUGGUCACCAGGAUGAUGAGGGACGUUGCUAUAGCGAUUCGCUCGCAGAGAUUCCAGCUGUUGACCCCAACAACCCUGAUAAGCCUCCGUUGAACUUUGAGAUCAUCAGAGCAAAUGUGGAUAAGGGCCGUUAUAGGAGACUGGAUGUGUUCCAGGAUCAAAUGUUUGAAGUCUUGGAGAAAGCCAGACGUCUGCAUAGGACGGACUCCGAGAUCUUUGAGGACUCUGCAGAGCUCCAGCAGUUCUUCAUCCGAAUCAGAGAUGAGCUGUGUAAGAACGGAGAGAUUCUGCUGACGCCUGCCCUCAGCUACACCACUAAACACCUGCACAUUGAUGUGGAGAAGGAGAAGAAAGAGAAGCUGCCUAAAGAGUAUGAAGAGGACAAACUCAAGAGAGAGGAAGAGAAGAAAGAGGCUGAGAAGUGUGAGGACUCUACAGGUGGUGGGUGGCAGGUAACCUUGCAACGCACCUACAGCCAGGACUGCAGUUUCAAAGACAACAUGUACCAUGUGGGAGACUAUGUUUAUGUAGAACCCACAGAACCAAACCUGCAGCCACACAUUGUCUGCAUAGAGCGCCUUUGGCAGGACGAUGCAGGAGAGAAAUGGCUUUAUGGCUGCUGGUUCUAUAGACCCAAUGAAACGUUCCAUCUCGCUACACGCAAAUUUCUGGAGAAAGAAGUUUUCAAAAGUGACUAUUACAACAAAAUACCUGUCAGUAAAAUACUGGGAAAAUGUGUUGUCAUGUUUGUGAAGGAGUAUUUCAAGCUUCAGCCUGACACCUUCAGACCAGAAGAUGUUUUUGUGUGUGAGUCUCGUUACUCUGCCAAGACCAAGUCCUUCAAAAAGAUCAAGAUGUGGACAAUGCCCCUGAGCUCAGUGAAGUUUGUCCCUCAUGAAGUGCCGUUGCCUGUGGUCCGUGUGGCCUCUAUGUUUGCACCCAAGCAGGAUAGUGAAAAGCCUAGUGAGGUGGCAGAGGACAGCAAAGCUGGGCCUUCUUUUAUCGAUAAGGAGAGAGAGGAUGUUCCAAUGGAUAUUAGUAAUGGAGAGCCAGGAUGCCGGUACUAUGAGCAGUUCUGCUACAAUGACAUGUGGCUGAAAGUGGGAGACUGUGUGUACAUCCGCUCCCAUGGGCUUGUGCGCAACCGCGUGGGCAGGAUAGAGAAGAUGUGGGUUCGAGAUGGAGCUGCCUACUUCUUCGGGCCCAUCUUCAUUCACCCUGAAGAGACAGAGCAUGAACCCACUAAGAUGUUCUACAAAAAGGAAGUAUUCCUUAGCAACCUGGAGGAAUCCUGCCCUAUGACCUGUAUUGCAGGGAAGUGUACAGUGUCUUCCUUCAAAGAUUUCCUGUCAUGCCGGCCAACAGAAAUAACAGAGGACGAUGUGUUACUGUGUGAGAGCCGCUACAUUGACAGUGAGAAGCAAAUGAAGAAAUUCAAAGGGCUGAAGCGUUUCACUCUGUCUGCCAAAGUAGUUGAGGAUGAAAUCUAUUAUUUCAGAAAGCUCAUAGUGCCUCUGAAAGAACCGUCUCCACUGCUGGAUAAGAAGAUUGACGAGUUGGAAGCCAAGUUUGCGGACAUGACAGAUGAAGAGCUAGAGGAUUUGGGUGAGGAUGACGAUGGCUGUGAUGCUCACUGCAUGUCGCAGCUACAGACUCCGCUGACCAGUGACAUGGACAUGCUACAUUACGCACCAGCACAGUCCACUCCAAAGUCAAUUAAGGGGCUGUCGAAGAAGGAAGGGGCAAAGAGGAAGAUCAACAUGAGUGGGUACAUCCUCUUUAGCAGUGAGAUGAGAGCUAUCAUUAAGGCCCAGCACCCUGACUUCUCCUUUGGAGAGCUCAGUCGUCUAGUGGGCACAGAGUGGAGAAACUUGGAGGCCACCAAGAAAGCUGAGUAUGAAGAGCGGGCAGCUAAGGUAGCGGAGCAGCAGGAGCGAGAAAGGGCAGCACACCAGCAGAUCUCCUCAAGAGCAGGUACCCCAGUAGAGGCGCUCAUGGGGGUGGUACCUCCCCUGACCCCAAUGGGGAUGCUUAGCCACAGCAUGACACCUAUGGCAGGCAUGAUGGUUAGCUACGAGCCGCCCAUGCAGCCCUUUCAGGGCCCUGUCAAUGGCAUGAUUAACAUGGCCAGCAUGAUUCCAAAUCCCACAGGGAUGCCUGCCUUACCCCACCACUUCCCGUGGGGUAUGCCUGGUAUGCCGUUUCUCGGUAUGAAUGGAAUGGCCCCAGGUUCUACAGGAAACACUUAUGGGACUCAGAUUGGUGUAAUGAAAUCAGGCCAACAGGCCCCCCCACCUUACCCGGGGCAGGUUGGGAAGCCCACCCUGCAGCAGCCCUCUGCUCCCAUAUUUGUGGAUCCACCACCCAAACCCCAGCGCCUUCUACAUUCAGAGGCAUAUUUGAAGUAUAUCGAAGGACUCAGUGCUGAGUCAACUACAGUCAGCAAGUGGGACCAGACACUUGCGGUGAAUAUGUCUCACCAGCUCGCAGGAAAGAUGUGCGCCUUACAAAAGAGCAGGAGAGUCGUCUGCCCUCUCAUUGGCUGAAGAGUAAGGGAGCUCACAAGACUAUGGCUGAUGCUCUGUGGCGACUGCGGGACCUAAUGCUACAAGACACACUUAACAUUCAACAGACUUAUAACAUCUGAACUAUUCCUUCUAAUUCUCAUACAAGGAGAUGAGCCGUUCUUAGAGUUUCAGUGUGGUUAUGAUAUAAUGUUCUGUUUAGGGUUUUGUAAUGCUAAAUAUAGUCUGUUGGCUUUGUUAGUGGUUUUGCCAUUUUAUUUUUCUUGAAAGCACUUUCAAUUGGCUGAUUUUGUAUGUUGGCUGUUAAAUGUUCUUAGACUGAUUUAAACAUUUUCAUAAAAUGUUGAACUUUAAAGUGUCGAACUUAAUGUUUGUGCAUUGCAAGUUGUGACAGGAUUACAUUUUGUUGUAAGAUUGUUCUAAAAGAAUGUAGAAAUGGCCAUUUUGGUCUUGUCUUGGUUCGGAAGAUGGUGUUUAAAAAAAACAAAUAAGCCUAUUUUUCACUUGUAUUAGCUAAAUGUCAUUUUGGAAUGGACACCAUUUGCCUAUUGUUUCAAUAAACUACAGUA